AUGCCGAGCCAAAUCAAAGCUCUUCACACUGUUGACGGCACGUCGUUUCCCUACAUUUUCGAGCAGAAUGCUACUGUACAGUUGAAUUCGAUGACCGGGAAAAGUUUCCAGGACAAAUCCUAUUCCGAGGUCAACCCCGAGUAUCAUUCGGACCACUUAUCCUGGGAGACACCGGACCCUGGUUACUGGACCAAAAAUGGUUAUGCCCUCGUCAGAGCGGAUGAGCGUGGCCUUGGUCAGUCUCCUGGCAAAUUAGACACCAUGUCACGAGGAACUAUUGAAGCAUUCUUUGAUGUUAUCGAGUGGGCUGCAGCACAAAGUUGGUCCUCGGGCAAAGUCGGCCUGCUUGGGAUUUCAUACCAUGCUUGGUCACAAUGGAGAGUUGCUGCGAGGAAGCCCAAGGGCCUUGCUGCUAUGAUUCCUUGGGAAGGAGUGUCUGACUACUACCGUGGCCGCUGCCGCCAUGGAGGCAUUCUUUCGAAUUCCUUCAUCAAAUUCUGGUGGGAUCUACAAGUGGUCUCUAACCAUGAGGAAGAAUUGGUCAGGAACCGCCAGGACCAGACUAUCUACAACGUGAACAAUCGUUUUCGGGACGACGAAUACUACGCUUCGAAAGAAUACGACAUGGAGGACAUCGUAGUAUCACUGCUCUCUGUCGCCAAUUGGGGCGGUAUCCUACUCCAUCUCCGAGGCAACAUUGAAGGGUUUUGUAAUGCUGGCUCGGAACUUAAAUACCAUCGCACAAUUACUGGACGCCACGAUCUACCUUUCUGUUAUGAUGAAGAAGUCGAUAUCCAAAAAAGCUUUCUGGAUGCUUUCUUGAAGGGACAGGACCGCGUUGGAUGGCCUAUCAAGGGAAAGAUUCCGCCCGUUGACCUUGUUCUCCAGAAAGGCGAUGUUGACUUCAAUAAUGCCGAGGCAGAAAAACAAUAUCAAAGACGAACGGAGAAUGAGUGGCUUGUCGCCCGCACUCGCUACAUAAAGUACUCACGGUAAUAGAACCACUGCCGAGCCGUCACCGAAAGAUCUCCUAUAGGGCCCCUGGGAACCUGGAAACUCCGGAACUUGUUUAGUUUACGACGAGGGAAUUUGAGAAAGAAACUGAGAUUACUGGCAAUGCGGUUGCCCAUCUCAAUGUUUCCAUGAGCCCUGAUCCCACAGGUCCUACCCCUCGAGAUAUUGUUUUUUUUUUUUUUUUUUUUUUUUUUUUUUUUUUUUUUCUUUUU